CCUAAAAAAGUCAUUGAUUUUAUUUCUGAUGCUUGGGAAGAUGUAAGCGAGACUACUAUAAGAAAUUGUUGGAGAACUACCAAAAUUAUGGCUAAAGUAAGUGAGAUGGAAGGUGAGUUGGAGAAAGAACCUCAAGAAGAAACAACUGAAAUAAAUGACGCUGCUAUGAUAGUUGACGACCUUUCAGCUGCUGCAACCAACCCAAUGACCCAGGAACUGAAAGAUAAUAUUGAAGAAUACAUUUACAUGAUCGACCAACCAACCACAACUGAGGACUUGUUAACUAACGAGUAUAUUAUUGAAAUGGUAAUAGAUGAAUUUUAUGAAGACAAUGAAGAUGACAAAGAACCACCACCACCCCCAAUAACCAUGAUAGAGGCUAUUGAAGCCUUGGAAAAGGUCAUAAGAUAUCAGGAAAGUCUCGAUGUAAGACAUGGGUUUGAUGAGAAUGA